AUGGUUCAUUUGGGCUUCGUCGUUAUCAACAGAAACGCAACAGAAAUCUCGAAGCCAAAUCUAGUUUUUAAAUCACGGUAUUCUGAUAUCAAGAUAUUUCCUUCUUUGAACAUUUUAGAUGAAGUUACGUUACUGUUUGUGGGAGAUAUUUCCUUCGCUGACCCCAUCAAAUACUAUGUAGACCCCAAGUACCACACGUACAAUGGCACUUUUCGAGGGCCAUUAGUUUAUCAGUUUCAUUACUGUCACAUGUUACCCUCGUUAAAUAAAGUCUUACCUUACCUUACUUUCAAUGACGUGGCUCCAUUCAUCAGAAAGGCGGACAUUUCAGUGGGAAACUUGGGGUCGCCAUUUGCCAACAAACAUGUUCUCACUCACAUUUAUAAAGGGAGAAAAACAGCUUUAUUAUAUGCCAGUCCCAAAGCCGCACCAGCGCUCAGGUUUGCAGGAUUUGAUGCCGUGACCAUUGCCAACAAUCACCUGAACGAUUUAGGCGGUGUGGGAGCCAAUUUUACCGCUAAAGUCCUGAAAAAGAAGGGUAUAAAGUACUUUGGAUUAAGCUUCGGAAAAUAUGACUCCUCUCAGGAACCUCUUAUUCUAAAAAGAAACAGAAUCACGAUAGCAUUUCUUGGUUAUUGCGCCUCACCCUCCAUAGAAAAAAACUGCAGCGAAAUGAGGAUGUUGUUCGACUCUGGUCCAGCCAUUUAUCAAGAUGAUAUCACUACUAGAGACGCCAAAGUUGACAUCAUCGUCGUUUUCAUGCACUAUGGCCAAGAACUUCAAUUAAAACCCCUUCCCUAUCAAAAUCACAUAAACAAACACCUGUUGUCUCUUGGUGUGGAUCUGAUCACUGGAGCCCACCCACACGUUCUUCAGGAUCACUGUCUUCAAGAUAAUAAACUUAUCGCUUACAGCUUGGGAAAUUUUCUUUUUCAUAUUAACCGACCACCGAGUGCUGUCAGUCUGGUAACGCUGUCGUAG